AUGAUCAGUGACCUACAUCCUCUCUUUAUGAGUUUGCAGUAUCCUCUUCUUUUUCCAUAUGAUGAAACCGGUUACCACCCUCAAAUACCAUACUGCCCAACAGUAGAGUCCAGAGUGAAGAGGGAAACAAUGACAAUGAGGGAGUUUUAUUCGUACCAGCUUCAGACAAGAAUGACAGAAGGAAUGAUACUUAUAAAGUCAGGACGUUUAUUGCACCAAUAUAUCGUAGACGCAUACACUGCAACGGAGCAAGAGAGGCUGCGGUUCGUUAUACUCAACCAAAAGAAAUUAAGAGCCGAUUUGUACAACAACAUUUGCGAUGCACUUGACAGAGGAGACACAGACGCAAAAAGUAUUGGCACAAGGGUUAUCUUACCCUCAUCAUUCACAGCUGGGCCACAGUAUAUGUCUGAGAAGUACCACGACGCCAUUGCCAUUUGCAGAUGGUUUGGUAACCCUCACCUAUUCAUCACAGUCACUGCUAACCCAAAUUGGGAUGAAAUAAGUGAACACCUGGAAAAAUAUGGUGGGGAAUCAGCAAACAGUAGGCCAGAUCUAGAAGUGAGAGCUUUCAAACUUCGGCUUGAUGAAUUGAUGCGAGAUUUCAAAGUAGGAACCUUCUUCCCAAUACCGGAAGCAGUUGUCUAUACCAUCGAGUUCCAAAAGCGAGGCCUCCCACACGCACACAUACUCUUAUGGUUUAGAGGUUUCACACAAGAAGCCACGCCAUCCAUCAUUGACCAUUACAUAUCAGCUGAGAUUCCUGACAGAGAAACAGACAGAGAAGGUUUUGAUUUAGUUCAGCGACAUAUGAUACACGGGCCUUGCGGUGAUAGUCGAAAAAGCUCACCGUGUAUGGAGAAGGGAAAGUGCACCAAGAAUUUCCCGAAACCAUUUGCACAAGAAACCAGCAUCGACAAGUCAUGA